AUGCCGAAAUUCAUGCUUCUUGUUCGUGCUACCCAAGACAGCGAGUCUGGCAAUCCCCCUUCAACAGAAAUGAUUGAGGUGAUGAUGCAAUACAAUAACUCUCUAUCCAAUGCGGGUAUAUUACUUGCGGCAGAGGGCUUUUUAUCGUCCUCGAAGGGCGCUCGGGUCAGCUUUAACCACCAAAACGAAUCGUCGGUGGCGACUGGGCCUUUUCCUCACGAGUCCACCAUUUCAGGGUUCUGGAUGAUCAACGCCAAGGACAUUGAGGAGGCAAUAACAUGGGCUCGCAAAGCACCAUUUCGCGCUGAGGGGAGUGCCAUUGAAGUCCGACAAAUUGCUGGCCCAGAAGAUUUUGGUGAUCAGUUAACUGAUGAUCUGAAGAAUCAGGAAGGGGAGUUGCGGAAGAAGUUGGAGGAACGAGCUGUAGGAGGAAAAGCUUGA